AUGUCCCAGCCACGACUCCUCGCCCUCCUUCUGCUGCUGCUCUGCUGCCAGGGCCCCUCCGCCCAGAUCACAGAUUCCCUCUUUGAGAACUGGAAGGCCUACAAAGAGGAAUGCCACCGCAACAUGAGCCGGAUGCCCGCACCCACAGAGCUGGUCUGUAACCGAACCUUUGACAAGUUCUCCUGCUGGCCCGAUGCGCUGCCCAACACCACCAUCAACGUCUCCUGCCCCUGGUUCCUGCCCUGGUACCAGAAAGUGAAGCACAGGUACGUCUUCAAGACUUGCGGGCCAGAUGGGGAGUGGGUGACGGGCCCCAAGGGGCAGUCCCUGCGGGAUGCCACGCAGUGCCAGAUCGACGCCGAGGACCUGGAGGCGCAGGAAAAAUUCGCCAAGACCUACGGCAGCUUCAAGGUGAUGUACACGGUAGGCUACUCGGUGUCGCUGUGCGCGCUGCUGCUCGCCCUGGCCGUGCUGCUGGGCUUCAGCAAGCUGCACUGCAUGAGGAACUACAUCCACAUGAACCUCUUCGCCUCCUUCAUCCUGAAGGGCGUCUCCGUGCUGGUCAUUGACGCCCUGCUCAAGACGCACUACAGCGACAAGAUCGAUGACUACAACGUGCGCAUCUGGCUGAGCGAUGAGGCUGCCGCAGGCUGCCGGGCAGCCACAGUCUUCAUGCAGUACGGCACCGUGGCCAACUACUGCUGGCUGCUGGUGGAGGGCAUCUACCUGCACAACCUCCUGGUGGUGGCCGUCUUCUCCGAGCGGAGCUACUUCACCCUCUACCUGUGCAUCGGCUGGGGGGCACCCAUGCUAUUUCUCAUCCCUUGGGUCGUUGUGAAGUUCCUCUAUGAAAACAUCCAGUGCUGGAGCACCAACAACAACAUGGGCUUCUGGUGGAUCCUUCGCUUCCCUGUGUUCCUGGCCAUCCUGAUCAACUUCUUCAUCUUCAUCCGCAUCAUCCAGAUCCUCGUCUCCAAGCUCCGUGCGCACCAGAUGCGCUACACCGACUACAAGUUCAGGCUGGCCAAAUCCACGCUGACGCUGAUCCCGCUGUUGGGCAUCCAUGAGGUUGUCUUCGCCUUUGUCACGGACGAGCACGCCCAGGGCACCCUGCGCUAUGUCAAGCUCUUCUUCGACCUCUUCCUGAGCUCCUUCCAGGGGAUGCUGGUGGCCAUUCUCUACUGCUUCAUCAACAAGGAGGUGCAGUCGGAGCUGCUGAAGAGGUGGCAGCGCUGGAAGCUGGGGAAGGACCUGGCGGAGGAGUACAAGCACACCUACAGCCACGCGCCCAGCGCCCGCAACGGCACCGGCAGCGCCUGCGAGAAGCACCAGCUGGUGAGCAGCUGUGCCAACGGGCUGGGGCGCAGCCCAGCCGCCUCGCGCCCCGGCACCCACUACCUCGAGAGGAGCGGCCACGGCACCGCUGAGCACCUCGCCCUGGGGGACCGGCACCACUGCUAUGAGUUCCCCGAGACCACGGCCGAGAGCCACUUCUGA